AUGGCCCAGCGCUGGCGCCCGAGGGUGCGGCGGGACCCAGACCUGGACGAAGAUGGUUCCCCGCCUUCCCGGCAGCCGCGCCCCGGCGCCGGCGACGACAACGAGGACGACGACGAGCUGGGGAACGAGGACCUCAGCUUGGAGAUCCUCGCGCGCGCGCGGCGGAAGCGGCGCGGGGCGUCCGGCGUUGGGGCGCCCGGGUUCGCCGACCUGCUCUCGGUGUCCUCCGGCGACGAGGAGGUCGACGAGGACGCCGUGGUGGAGCUCGCUGAGGCGGAUGAGCCCCGGAGGAAGCAGAAGAAUAAGAAGGAGCGCCGGAAGCAGAGUAAGAAGCAUCGGAAGGAGGCGACCGAGGCUGCUGCGGCGGUGGCCGCCGUAGAGGAGGAAGAGAAGGAGGUUGGUAGCACCCAGGAGGGUCCAAUUGGGACAGCAGAAUCGGUGCUAACUGGAGAUGGGGCUGAUGUCCCUGCACCUGACAAUAUGGUUCUGCGGAAACUCCUUCGCAUACCAAGAUACUUUGAUCCUGGGGAAACUUUGUUGGAGACUUGCUUUAAUUGUAGCGAGGAAGGACAUGUAGCUGCAAACUGCCCAAUGGAAAAGCGGAAGAAGCCUUGCUUUGUUUGUGGGUUGUUCGGGCACAAUGCAAAGCAGUGCACGCAGGGUCAAGAUUGUUUCAUCUGCAAAAAAGGAGGCCAUAUGGCGAAAGACUGCCCUGAUAAGCACAAGAGAAAUGAUCAUCAAUUCACAUUAUGUUUAAGAUGUGGAGAAACAGGUCAUGAUAUGUUUGGAUGUACCAAUGAUUACCCACCAGAUGAUAUUGAGCAAAUAAGAUGCUACGUGUGUAAUCAGAAGGGCCAUCUAUGUUGUUCCGACUUCUCUGACAAUUGUCCGAAACAAAUUAGCUGUUAUAAUUGUGCUCAAUCUGGUCAUUCUGGUCUGGGAUGCGCCAAGCAACGCAGGGAAACUAGUGCUGUCACAACUCCAACCUUAUGCUACAAAUGUGGUGAGGAAGGUCACUUCGCACGUGGCUGCACAAAGAAUGCCAAGUCCGAUCGGUCGAAAGGCAAGUCAUCAUCACACAGUCGGAGGAAGGAAAAAUGGAAAAAGGAUCCCAGUGCUAGAUCAGCUCCUCAUGAUGCCCGUAAAACAAGCAAAAGGAAAAGCCCCCAUUUUGAGGAAAGAAUGGACACACCUCGUCAUAAAUCCAAAUCGAGAGGUCGGUGGACUGGUGGUGAUGAUCUACCAUUCAAGAAGUACAAAUCCAAUGGAUGCGGUUCCGCAUCUACUCCCAAGAAGUCUUACACAAAUCACCAAUUCUUGUCUGGUGAUGACUAUUUCACUCCCCAGUCUUCACGAAGGCACAACCAUGCUCUAUCGUCGGUGAUUGCUGACUCUAGACACUUCCAUAUGGGGGAAGGACAUAACACUGAAAUCAUUGUUGGAGAUCAGCCUGUUGAGGAACAGAACGUCAUUCUUCAAAAUGGCCACUGCAAAAUUGGUUCUCAGGGCAACAACUUACAAAUGGUGUGUGUUUCCCUCGUUGUCCGCCAGGAAAACAGUGGCAAGAACACUAAGAAAGGAAAGUGCAACACUCCUAUUUCAGUCAAGAACCUCAGAAGAAGCAGUCGACUGAACGCUGCUCUUGAUGGCCAUAAACUUGAACAAGCAUCCUCCUCAAAGGGUCCUACCACCAGAAGCAAGACUAAGGGCAAGAGAGUUGCUUCACAAUCUUCUCUCAUGGAUAAAAUUUUACUUCCUCAUACAUGCCCUGGCGUCAACUUUCCUGGCUUAUCUAACUUAAAGAAGUGUGCUGAAAUGGGUUGUGCUUACCCUGAAAUUCCUAUUGUUGAAAUUCAGAAGGUGGCAACCCAGAAGUACCGGAUCGCUCCUCCGGAGGUGACGGCAGAGCUACUCAUCUCAUCAAUAAUAGAGCUUGAAACCAAUGAAGGGAGGAGUAGCCAGGAGAACAUGCCACCAGUUAUUAAUGGAUAG